UCCAGAAUGUGUUUAAACAAUUGAGAGUCACCCUGGACUUUGAGGAGAAGAGGCUCCUGAGAAAACUGAAGACAGAGGAGGAACAGAUUCUGAAUAGCCUGGUUGCAUUUGAAAAGGAGCUGACCCAGCAGACCCAGCUGGCAAGAGAGCUCAUCUCAGAUGUGGAGCAUCGGUUGCAGGGGUCAGCAAUGGAGAUGUUGCAGGAUGUGAAGGUCACCAUGGAAAGGAGUAAGUCAUUAACUCCCAAGAAACCAAAAACUUUUCCCAAGAUAAAUAGGAUGGUGCUCCAAGCUCCUGAUCUGAAAAGGAUGCUACAAAUUCAUCAAGAACAAAUGGAGGUACGACGCUACUGGGCUCAUCUGACACUGACUCCAAGCAUCAAUCCAGAUAUUGCCAUUUCUGCAAAUAGGCAAAAACUGAGAUUAAGUGAUCCAUUGCAGACAUCGAAUUCUCAAAGAGGCUCCCUGGGCUACCCAGCUGUCACAUCAGGGAAGCAUUACUGGGAAGUGGAUGUAGCUAUGGAACGUGACUGGAUCCUGGGAGUCAGUGAUGGAAAAUACCUCAACACCUCAUUUAAAUUCAAUGAUGAAAAUUAUCAACCUAAACAUGGUUACUGGGUCAUAGGGCAACAGAAUGAUGUUAAGUAUAAUGCUUUUGAGGAGUCUUACAACUCUGAUCCCUUGACCUUGGCCCUUUCCCUGACUGUUCCUCCUAAACGUGUUGGAAUUUUCCUAGACUAUGAGGCUCGUACUGUCUCAUUCUACAAUGUGACAAACCAUGGAUUUCUCAUCCAUAAAUUCUCUAGGUGUUCCUUUUCUGGUAAUGUUUUUCCAUUCUUCAGUCCUAGGAUCUGUGUAGUACCUAUGCCAUUAUGUGGGCCAAAAGCUUGAACUUUCUUCUACCCUCUCUCUCUCCUGUGUCCUGCCUCUGGCUGAAGUGUGCAUCUCCUGCCUCUGAGGUGGCCUACUGCAUUUUAACCACUUUGCCUGC